AUGGUCAUCCUCACUCAUGCACGUCUCGCUCGAAGACUCGCAUCUCGAGCCCGGUUCAGCACAGCUUCCCACCAUACCGUUCCCCUUAGUAUCCACUCCAAAGUCCAAGAAGCCUUAUCCACACACAAACCCAUAGUAGCCCUCGAAACCACCCUCGUCACACACGGGUUCCUCUACCCGACCAACUACACCCGACCUAGAAGACAUCGUACGAUCCACGGAGUGUGUCCUGGCUACUAUUGGAAUCAUCGGGGGACGCGUCAAGAUAGGGAGGGGAAUCCUGGGGUGGUCAAGGUUCCGAGGAGGGAUAUCGCUCCUGUUUUUGGUGCCAAGAUGGAUGGAGGGACGACCUGCAGUGCUAGGCUGAUAUUCGUUGCUCUGGCUGGAAUCAAGGUGUUCGCAACGGGAGGGCUUGGUGGCGUUCAUCGUGGAGCACAAGACUUUAUGCAAUGGACAUCUCAGCUGACCUCUUUGAGCUCACCCGUUGUCCAGUCGGUCUUGUGUCUUCGGGGGUUAAAUCCAUUCUGGACAUUGGAAGUCACGUAUGGGAAAUCUCGUGAAUUCCCCGCGUUUUUCACUCGCUCGAGCGAGGGUGAUACACAAUGGCAGUUCGGUAUGGACAACGGUAUACUGAUAGCAGCACCCAUCCCGGAAGAGCACGAGAAAGAGGGGUCCUCCAUCCAGAAGGCUGUGGAUCAAGCCGUUCGCGAGUCCGAAGAGAAUGGUAUGAGUAAGAGGGGGAAGGAAGUCACCCCAUGGCUCCUCUAUCCCUAG